AUGUCUGAUUGUGUAGAUACUGUACGGCUUAAAGGAUUUAAGGACGCAACCGGUCGAAGUGACCUUGUUUAUGGUUGGCUGCUUGGCAUAUGCUUGCUUAGGCUUAUUUUGUUCUUGACUACCAGUUUGUGUCCGAAGAAUGAGCUCACAAAUACCAUUGAUUUUAGAAGGAAAGGGUUCGAUAUGGAACCCAAAUUUGGUGGUGUUACUGUAUACCGCCAGCUCUUUGGUAAAUACAGUUUACGGUUGCAUAGCGAUUUAUUGUUGCUAAAUAUUCAUUUAUUGUCCUCAUAUCGUUUCAUCAGUUUUCCUGUCGCUUUAGAAAUAAACGAAAAAGGAGAAUGGCUGAGCUGGAAGCAGAAAAUUCAACAAUUACCAGUGGAUUUUGAGAGAGGCUUUGGCCGUCCAGCAUUUGAAGCAGAAAUGGAGUGGGUUCUUAACACAGUAGCAAACGAAGACUGGAUCGAACAAAGCAAAAACUUGUAAGA